GUGGCAAUUAGUAUGGGCGCCUCCGUGAGGCCUCCGCGCCGCUCUGUUUCUGGGGAGGAGCUGGCGGCCGGCGGCAGGGGCUUCUGAGUUCUCGACGCUUGGGCUCCGCAGGGCCAUGCUGGCUUGGCGCGUGGCGCGCGGCGCGUGGGGGCCCCUUCGCGUGGCCGUCCGGCCCCCGGGGGCGCGGCUCGGCAGGGGCGGCUCCCGCAGGGCCCUGCUGCCGCCCGCGGCCUGCUGCCUGGGCUGCCUGGCGGAGCGCUGGCGCCUGCGUCCCGCCGCGUUCGCCUUGUGGCUGCCCGGCGCCGGCCCGCGGAGCCACUGCUCGGGCGCAGGGAAGGCGGCAGCGGCGGCGGCGGCGGGGUCCGCAGCCGGACGGGGGGUCCCGGCGAGCGCCGCCAACACGUAUGAAAAUCCAUGGACAAUCCCAAAUAUGUUGUCAAUGACGAGAAUUGGCCUGGCCCCAGUGUUGGGCUAUCUGAUUCUUGAAGAAGAUUUUAAUGUUGCACUAGGUGUUUUUGCUUUAGCUGGCCUCACAGAUUUGUUGGAUGGAUUUAUUGCUCGAAACUGGGCCAAUCAAAAAUCAGCUUUGGGAAGUGCUCUUGAUCCACUUGCUGAUAAAGUUCUUAUCAGCAUCUUAUAUGUUAGCUUGACCUAUGCAGAUCUUAUUCCAGUCCCACUCACUUACAUGAUAAUUUCCAGAGAUGUCAUGUUGAUCGCUGCUGUGUUUUAUGUCAGAUACCGAACUCUUCCAACACCGCGAACACUGGCUAAAUACUUCAAUCCUUGCUAUGCUACUGCUAGGUUAAAACCAACAUUCAUCAGCAAGGUAAAUACAGCAGUCCAGUUAAUUUUGGUGGCAGCUUCUUUGGCAGCUCCGGUUUUCAAUUAUGCUGACAGCAUUUAUCUACAGAUACUAUGGUGUUGUACAGCGUUCACUACAGCUGCGUCAGCAUACAGUUACUAUCACUAUGGUCGGAAAACUGUUCAGGUGAUAAAUGACAAAUGAGAGGCACCCAGUUCAGCAGCAAGGAAGCAACUUGCAGCAGCAGCAGCAGCAGGAGCAGCAGCAGCAGCAGCGCCGAUGAAAGCUACAGGACUUUCCUGAUCUUGGUGUUCAGCUUGUGAAAGGACUUGUCAGACAAACCAUGUCUUCAAAACCGAAGUAAUGUACAUUGAAAAUGAGCUCGAUCAUGGGCCUAUGCAGAAUUUCCAGUGUAUUUUUAAAUACAAAUAAAAUUAUAAUGUAGAAUUUUUUUAAUUAAUUCUUUUUCUUUUGGUUUUUCGAGACAGGGUUUCACUGUGUAGCCCUGGCUGUCCUGGACUCGCUUUGUACACCAGGCUGGCCUCGAACUCAGAGAUCUGCCUGCCU